GUUUCAGAUGGAUUUACCCCUCAACUCCACAAUACCGUCCACUUCGGGAAAUGAGACAGAAAUUGAAGAUGACUGUAUCUAUGAAGUCAUGCAACCCCAUAUGCUUGUCAUGAGAUUCUGGAUGGUUUCGAUAUUCGGCUCGACUAUUUCAUUUAUUUCAAUGAUUGAGAAUAUUUUCCUGUUUUGGUUAUUUGUCACAAGCCGCCGCCACCGCCGUGAAAACCUAUUCAUGAUGCUACUUGCCUUUUUUGAUAUUUUCGUCUCAAUGGCCUAUAUAAUGCUAAUGUCGGUUAAUGUAUUAUCCGAUGUUCUAAUGUCACCAAUAUUGGUCAAUAUUUGGUACACCUAUAUGAUCCCCAUAUUGACAGUAUCCCAUAUUGCGAUGACGUCAUCCUCCUUUCUUAUUGUUGCGGCCUCGUUUGAACGUUACUGUGCCACGCUAAACUCUCCGUAUCUUAGAUUUGCACAGAAAAAUCGAUCAUUCAUUGCGCUAUGUGCAGUAUUUCUUGGAGUUGUGAGCAAAGGGACCAUUUCCAUUGAGUUUGAGCUCGUGCACCAUGAGCAAUGUGAGGGUCAAAUGAUGGCAACCACCAUGAAAUUCCGCCCGUUCGUACUGGAAACUCAAUACCAUUACCUUUUCCGUUUCUGGUACCGGAACUUUGUGACAGUCUUUGCCCCAUUCUUUAUCCUUCUCUACCUGAACGUCCGAAUUGUGAAAGCACUGACGACCUACACAACUGCCACAGUAUGCCUUGUCACUAAUGGGAAUACUGAGGAUUUGCAGAAGAGAAAGGCAAGUGCCCGUGCUGCUACUAGGACACUGGUGAUGGUUGGAUGUUGUUAUCUUGUGUCGAAUAUUAUCAAUGUGACACUGACAUCGCUGGAGCAGACUAAUAAUGAGCUUGUCGUGGACUAUCCAGACCUAUACAUCGUACUAAUCGAUUUGGUAUCCCUGCUCACAACAAUGGCUUGCGCCGCCCGCCUUCCAAUUUACCUGUACUGUCAGCCAGUUCUUCGCCGUGAAAUUCUGUGUCGUUUCAAACGACUCUGUGUUCCAUGUAACCCGAGAGCAGACGAAAAAUACGUGGAACGUCUGAAAUCCGUGGAAACCGACACGAGCUUUUUGAGUAGAGGAGAUGCAAAUCAUUCUGAAACAAUGCCGAUUGCCACAAUUUCGGAGCCUCGGAAUAAGCACAAAUGCUCCUUAAAUUCUCCUUACGAGACUCUUUUGUGAUAGUUUUUUGGAAUUUUUGUUCAUUUUUUCGGUAUUUUUUGGUUGGUACUUCUCAAACAGGGUGUGUUUUAAUAAUAAUAAUAAUAAUAAAAUUAUUUCUAUAAA